AUGGUGGCGAUCAGACAGCACCCGGUUCGAGAAAAUAUUCAUCAAUUCGGUGGAGACAAGGAUCAGAUCACCAUAUUUGGUGAGAGCGCCGGCAGUUGGUCCACAUCGGCACACCUACUCUCACCCCUAUCUAAGAGUCUGUUUAAGAGGGCUAUACUCCAGAGCGGGACUGAAAUGUUUCAUAAGGAUAGACCAGUUUUGGGAACUGUAGAGGCGCUGAGUAAAGCUAAGGAAACGGCCCGCAAAUUGGGUUGUGAUCCGUAUGAUUACAAAUGGUUGGACUGUUUGCGAGCCAUUGAGGACCCGAACCUAUUUCUUAAGCCGACUGAGGCUGAAGUUGGUUUGGGUGGUGUCACGUGGCCUGUGUUUGGCACUGAAUUCCUACCCGUUUUACCACAAAAGGCUUUUGAAACUAAUAAAUAUAAUUCCGAUGUGGAUGUGAUGGCCGGUGCGACCAAAGACGAGGAACUCCAGAGAGAGAUCUACCAUAACAUAGACGUCCAGAAAGUGUCCGAUUAUUACCUCCAGAAUAGAGACCCCGAAAAUCCUCAUGACUUAAAGCAAGCUUUCGGUCAACUUUUUGGUGAUAUGUUUAUGGUGUGCCCCACCUAUGGGUUUGCCAAAAGAUUUGUCAAAAGUGGUCGAGACACAAAUUUGUUUGCAAUGCUUGGUUGCGAUGAACACACCAUAUGUCACACCGCAGAACUCCCAUAUAUUUUUGGUGAUCCCGUUAGGACUCCACAAAUGUUUACGGAAACUGACUAUGAUUUCAGUUUAGAAGUUAUGGAGAUAUGGACUAAUUUUGCUAAAAAUAUGUGA